CCUCAGUGAACUCGCGUAUAAGCGAAAUUGCACCAACUUUUGUGUGUACCACCAUGCGAAAAACGAUUAGAGAUGUGCUGUCGUGUAAACAUCCUAUAUUGUAUUUUACGGUGAUGGCAACGAUUAGCUCUGUGUUAACCCCUUGCUAUGGCCAGAUUCCAGACGCAAGCACUUCAAUGCCAAAAAAUGCCAAAAUUGAUUCGACGAUUGUCCGAUCCGGGAGGCUUGUUGUUGGGAAUAAAGUCCAACUGAGAAGGGUGGGUUUCGAAGUAACCAAUGAUGAAUCCGCCACUUCUGAUCGUAUCAAGACUCUAAACGGAUCUCUUGCAUUUGAGGCUGGUAAUCGGGCUGGACAGCCUGCAUCACAAGAAUGGCACAAGUUGGAUGCUAAACUCCAGCACAUGGGGCCAUCAGUACAGUGUAGCAAUGAAGCAAUGACUCUUCGGGUCAAAGGGGGAAGAGCUCCACAUUUUCUGGUUGAUGGCGGUGAUGGGUCUCCUGUGUUUCCCCUGUCCCGAAUGCCAACUCACUGUGGCUUCUCUGUGAAGCGGUCACGCAGAGAUGUAGUGUUUGUCGCACCAUACCAAGGCUGCCAUGUCACUCAAGAGGGGGGUAACUAUGUUCUGCCACUCCGUCUGUGGGGGGCACCCAUGACAAUGUCUUGUCCUGUUGCACCACCCCCUCCCUCUGUCUCCUGCUAUUUAUCUGGCAUGGUGGUGAAGCUUCCCAUGGCAGCAAAUGCUCUUCAAGUCAAAGUGUCUGGUGUGUGGGAGCCACUUCUCUCAAUCUCCCAGCAAUGUGGCUUAACCAUUGAGCCAUUCUUUGGAGGAGUGGUGUUCACUGCACCAUACACAGGACCCUGUGUGGAGUUGGAGGAUGAUGAGCGUUUGCUUUUUAUGCUCUCGGUUGCUGGGGAGAUCACCCUCUCCUGCCCUGCAGGCCUCCCUCAAACUGAACCUGUUACGUCUGGAUACCCUCUGUUCUACCAGUGGUCCCAGUACCAUUUCCCUCCGUAUCCCCCCCAACCACCCUCUUCCCCAACAGCAGCCUCUACCAUGUCUAAACACACACAUUCCCCUAAACCUUCUAGGCAGGUCACGCCUAUGCCACGUAAAGGAGACCCCCAGGUCCCACAAACACCUGAAUUGUACCUGUACCGUUUUCCUCCGUAUGCCCCUAAACACUAUUUCCCGACAUCAGCCCCCACUACCUCGCAUAAACACACAAAUUCCCCUCAACCUGUCCCCCAGGCCACGCCUAUGCCACAUAAAGGAGACCCCCAGGUCCCACAAACACCUGAAUUGUACCUGUACCGUUUUCCUCCGUAUCCCCCUCAACAACGCUAUUUCCCGACAUCAGCCCCCACUACCUCGCCUAAACACACCAAUUCCCCUCAACCUGUCCCCCAGGCCACGCAUAUGUCACCUAAAGGAGACCACCAGGUCCCACAAACACCUGAAUUCCACCCGUUUUACCCGUACCACUUUCCUCCGUAUCCCCCUCAACACUAUUUCCCGACAUCAGCCCCCACUACCUCUCCUAAACACACCAAUUCCCCUCAACCUGUCACCCAGGUCCUGCAUAUGCCACCUAAAGGAGACCCCCAGGUCCCACAAACACCUGAAUUCCACCCGUUUUACCCGUACCACUUUCCUCCGUAUCCCCCUCAACACUAUUUCCCGACGUCAGCCCCCACUACCUCGCCUAAACACACCAAUUCCCCUCAACCUGUCACCCAGGUCCUGCAUAUGCCACCUAAAGGAGACCCCCAGGUCCCACAAACACCUGAAUUCCACCCGUUUUACCCGUACCACUUUCCUCCGUAUCCCCCUCAACACUAUUUCCCGACGUCAGCCCCCACUACCUCGCCUAAACACACCAAUUCCCCUAAACCUGUCACCCAGGUCCUGCAUAUGCCACCUAAAGGAUACCCCCAGGUCCCGCAAAUGCCUGACUUCAAAAUGUUUUACCCGUACCAUUUUACUACAUAUCCCCCUCAACCUUAUUUCCCAUCAGCCUCCACUACCACCCCUAAACAAACAAAUCAGGCCCUUCAUAUGCCUCCUAAAGGAUACCCCCAGGUCCCACUGAGCUACCAGUUCCCCCAGUACAAUUUCCCUGGGUUUUUCCCUCAGCGCUCUGUCCCAAGAGCACCCCCCAUCAUAGCCAGCCAACUGGAUAACCAGAAUAACCCCCAGAAAUAUCAGUACUCGGAUUUCUCCUACCGUCAAAAGUCAGCCACUCCUCCAGUAACUGCUAGCACUAUCCCUGGCACCACACCCCAGGCCCAACCCAAGCAGUCCUUCAUGCAAUAUGACCAGUACCCGAUGGUUCGCAGCGGGAAUCCGUAUGGCUCUGCUCUGUUCCCACCCCAUUAUGGAACGGUGCCGUAUCAUUAUCAGGGGCCUAAGGAGUAACUUAUGGUGAAAUCUACAGUUUCCAGCCAUUACUUGUGAAGUGUAAAAUAAAUUAACUAAAU